AUGAAAGAAGGAAUUGCAAUGAAUAUCGUUCAACUCAAUAGUUCAUUACAAGAAAACAGUAGGAAACGUAAACAGAAAAAAGAACUUAAUUAUACAUAUGGAAUUGUUACUACUGGUGAUGAUACUAUUCCUCUUGGUAAUGAAGUAUUAUGA